UCAUUCCACACCAUACACACCACUAGUCAAAUAACAACACACAACGUUGUUGGUCUUCUUGAUCUUGUUCUUGACCAUUAUCAUCAUCAUGGGUGCAACUAGAUACCUGCCUGCAGGUUUCAAUAGGGAAGAAUCGAGGAGCCAUGAGAGGUUCAAUUAUGGAUUAUAUGCUGAUGAGCAGAACACGAGUUUUGUUGAUGUGGAGUUUGAGUUUCUAGAUGAUAUUGGUGAGAUUUCAUUAGGAAAAAGGGCAAGCAGCGAUGAGUUUGGUCCAAUUGAAAUGGACUUGGAUGAAGAUCAUGAGAGGGUCGAUGAUGGUAGAACAGAGGAGAAUACAAGUUUUUGGGACAACCAAUUCCAGCUAUUGCAGACCAACCUAUGCAGAACAAGUUCGGUGGAGUCAAGGAUAAGAAAUGCGACUAAAGAAGUGGUUCAUGACAUAUACAGCUCAGGAAUAGAGUGCGGUUGCAGCAGAGAGUUGGCAGCCAGCUACUGUAGAAACUGUUUGAUGAGAGAAGUCUCCAGAAGGCUUCAGAAGGCAGGUUUUAACAGUGCCAUUUGCCAAACCAAAUGGAGAAACUCUAGUGUUCCAUCUGGGGAGCAUACUUUUCUGGAUGUGAUCGAAAGUAGCAAAGGGAAAGGAGAUGUUAGGGUGAUCAUAGAGCUAAAUUUCCGAGCAGAGUUCGAGUUAGCGAGGGCAAGCGAGGGCUACAACCGCCUUGUGCGGCGGCUCCCGGAGGUGUAUGUGGGGAAAGUAGAGAGAUUAAGCAACGUGAUCAAGAUCUUGUGCAUGGCAGCCAAAAGGUGCACCAAAGAAAACAAAAUGCACAUGGGACCUUGGAGGAAGCUGAGGUACAUGGAAGCCAAGUGGUUGGGUCCAUGUAAAAGGAACAUUUCAACCACUUCCCUUUCAAUGGGAUAUUCUGAUCAGGGGAUGCCAAAACAGAAGCCAAAGGCAUCACUCUUAACAGUGGAUCUGCUUGAGAAGCUUCCCAAUAUGCACUGUACGGCUGUGGAAGUUGUGUGAUUAAUUAGUUUUUACUUUUUUAUCAAGAUAUAGUUUUUGCUUUAUUUCUAUAUAGGGAAAAGAAGAGUCAGGCCAACAUAUUCUUAAGUACGUAAAAAUAUAGCUUUUUUGUCCUAUGCAAAAAUAGUUUUUAGCAAUUCCAAGGAACUUCAAAGGUUAAUUAAGAUUCUAUUUUUGUUGAUAGUAUUAUAUGUAUAUGUAGAUAAAAUGAAGCAUUCUUGAGUUAUAUCUUUUA